AUGACCAAUUAUACUCAGCAUUGUUUACCCUUCAUCAGCUUUCAGCAUUCAUCAUCAGCAUUCAGCAUUCAUCAUCAUUCAUCCUGUCCCUCAUCAUCAUCAUCAUUCAGCAUUCAUCAUCAGCAUUCAUCUUGGUCCUCAUCAUCAUUAGCAUCCUCACCGGCAUUCGUCUUGUUCCUAAGCAUUAUCACCAUCAGCAUUCAUCUUGGUCCUCAUCAUCAUCUUGGUCCUCACCGGCAUUCAUCUUGGUCCUCAUCAUCAUCUUCAUUCGUCUUGGUCCUCAUCAUCAUCUUCAUUCGUCUUGGUCCUCAGCAUUAUCAUCAUCAUCAGCAUCAUCAUCAUUCAUCUUGGUCCUCAUCACCAUCAGCAUUCAUCUUGGUCUUCACCAUCAUUAUCAUCAUUAGCAUCACCAUCAGCAUUCAUCACCAUCAGCAUUAUCAUCAUCAGCAUUCAUCUUGGUCCUCAUCACCAUCACCAUCACCAGCAUCAUCAUCAGCAUUCAUCUUGGUCCUCAUUAUCAUCAGCAUUCAUCUUGGUCCUCCUCAUCAUCAGCAUCAUCAUCAUCAGCAUUCAUCUUGGUCCUCAUCAUCAUCAGCAUCAUCGUCAGCAUUCAUCAUCAUCAUCAGCAGCAUCAUCAAACUUUUCCCCUCACCAUCAUUAUCAGGAUUCUUCAUCAUCAACCCUAAAGCUUUAGAAAAAGAACUUUUAGUUAAUAAUAAUUAA